AUGUUUUCAUCAAGUCUUCGUGAAUUUGUGAGCCGUCAUAGACGAAAGUUUAUAGUGGGCGGCAUUAUUGUUAGUACUAUUGUUUUUAUUAGAUAUACAGCACGUAGGCUUCGAGAAUGGCAAGAAAAAGAAAUAAAGGAUAUGCUGGACAAAUCUAAACGACGGCAAUAUUUUGAUUGCAAUGAAAGAACUUGCAGUCAAAUGAUAAUGUCUCUUAUAGCAACUUUAAGAGAUUCUAUAAUAAAAGUUGUGGAUACUGAAGCUGUUGUGAACAAACUUAGAAGUGGUUGUCCCGAUAAGAUAGCAUGUUGGAAUGAGUUGAAAGUUUUAGCAAUUACUAGAUCUGCUGUGGUAGUGUAUUCAUAUGCGAUGUUAGCAACGUUAAUAAGAAUUCAAUUUAAUAUAAUGGGUGGUCAUGUAUACAAAGAUAUUCAAAAUUCCAAUGGUACAGCUACAGAGAAUGUCAUACAAACAAAAUACAUGUCAAUUUCACGUCACUUUAUAUAUGAAGAAAUUAAAAAAUUGACUUUACUCAUAAAAAGUAAAGUGGCAGAAAUAACAGCAUCAAUGUCUUUGAAAGAUGAAUUAACUUUAAAAGAUAUAGAAGAAAUAUACUGGGCCUUAACAUCUUCUAUAUCUGCAGAUAGUUCAAAAGACCCUGUAAAAAAUCUUGCCCAAUAUAUGUUAUUAUCAAAUUGUGAGGAAGAAAAAACACCUGUAUUAUUAAAAUUAUUCAAUGAGACAUUGGAUUUGCUAGAAAGUGAAGAAGUACAAAAUUUGACACAAAGUAAUAUUAGAAGCGGAUUUAGCUUAUUAGUGGACCAUAUUUCUGCAUUCUUUGUUAUUUCCCCUGUAAUAGAAAAUGGUAAAUCUAUUGAAAAUGGUAUAUCAGUGCCAGGAACGUCAAAUCAGACAAGCAUAAACACAAAAUACAAUUCAAGUGCAUUUAUAAAUAUUAAUAAGGUAUCUAUGCCAAUGGCUAAAAUAAUACCUAUUAUAAAUGGACAAGUACCAGAUAAAGCAACAUCAAAAGAUUUUCAAAGUGAUUUAUUACAGCGUCUUAUAAUAAAUGAUGAACUUAAGACACUUGGAGCAAAUAUUUAUGAAGCAUUUAAAAGAUGUGGAAAUUAGUAGCUCGCGGUAUUCGUGAAACUUUGGAACGCCGUACAUGUCGUACAAACGUUUAUUAUCAAACGUCUCAAGAACCUAGUACAAAAAAUGAGGUUAAGACUAGUUUAACAUGUAAUCAUAAGUUCUUACCACCAACUUUCUCUGUUUUUAAUAAAGAAUUCUUUGAUUCGACGAAAACAAGUGGUACGAAGGACAAAGAUCAUGAUUCCAAAUGGAAUACAAAAUAUACUUGGUCAGAAGCCAUAGGAUUGACAAGUGCAUUGGCUCUUGGAUGGGUGGUAUGCCAAACAUUAUGUCUUCGCAGAUUUUUUGAGAAAGAGAAAACUGAUUCCUUAAAAAACAAAUUAUUACAAGUUCCACAUACUUCUUACUUAAUUGAUCAAGUACGAAAUUUAAGGCCAAAACAUAUUUUACCUAUUAUUAAUUGUAUUGGUAAUAAUAAAAUAUAUGCCCAAGAAAACGAUGAAGCAGAAUGGAAAUCAGAAAAACCAUUUGGACCUAUUACCAUUGAAGAGGCAUUAAAAGAAGCUACCGAGGAAUUUGCCAAAACCCAUAAAUUAACUGUAGCUGAAUUUGAACUUCAGUAUGGCUUGAAAGCUUUAGAAGAGAAACGUUAUAAGGAUGCUAUAAAACAUUUUACUGUUGGUGCAAGUCUAUCAUCCGCUGCUAGUAUGUUCAAUUUAGGUCUGUGUCAUGAAUUAGGACUUGGAACAUUAGUUGAUCACAGACAGGCUGCAAAAUAUUAUAACGAUGCAGCAAAACAAGGUCAUGCAGAUGCCACAUAUAAUUUGGGAGUUUUUUAUGCUCAAGGUAGAGGUGGUUUUACAGUAGACAUUGAUAGAGCUCGUAAUUAUUUUAUUAAAGCAGCAAAGUUAGGACAAAGCCAAGCUCAGCAAGCAUUAGAAUUAGAGAAACAUUAUCAAGUUAAACAAAAAAAAAUUGAUACAAUUCUUCCGGAUGAACGUAAAGGUAUUUUACAGUAUAUGCGAAAUGAGAAUAUGAAUCAUAUUCUGAAAAAGUUGAUUAAUUACAAUAAUGUAUCAUACACACAAUUGGAAACAGAAUUUUUGGAAGAUCAUAAAGAAUGCAUUGUAAAAUGUAAAAAUACUGUAGAAAUAGUUUUAAAUAUGUUUGGGUUAGGUAAAUCAAAUAUAUUACCUGUUUCCGUGGAAGCAAAUAAUUGUAGUGUGUCGUGUUAAAGUGUAGCAAAAUUAUUAAAAGUGAAAACGUAAAACUGUUAAAGUGAAAUAUUAUAUUUCUUGUACAUGAGAUAUACAAUAGAACUUUUUAUAAUGUUUACGUCAAUUAUAUUAUAAAUUAUUAAGAUAAAAAUUAAAAAUUCAAAUUAUAAAUAUGACGGGAUCUAUUUAGAAUAUAAAAUAUAGAAUAUAGAGUCUAUUUAGAAUAUAAAGUAUUUUUACAAAAAUAUUUAUUUCAUAUAAUAUCUCCUUUAAAAUUAUUUUAAAACAUUCAUAAAAUAAAAUUUAUGAUUUUACAGUAUCAUAA